AUUUAAAAAAAUUUAGGAAAAUUACUAGCUUUUUUGUAAUAGUUAUUUUCUAAUCUCUGGCAUGAUUUAAUAAUAAAAUAUGAAAGUUAAAAUUAUCCUGUUAGAAUCGUAAUUCUAAAGUGAUCAUCUCAAAAAUAAAAUAUCGAUUGAUGAAUUGACGUUUUCGUAUUACGUAUCGAUAGUAAAAAAAGAAGUAAUUUAAAGUAGUAUUUAAAAAUAUUUAUUUACAACUUAUUAAUGAGAGAGACAUUAAUUUAUAUUACAUGUACAUUAUUACAAGCAUAUUGUGCAUUUAAACAAUAAAAUAAUAAAAUUCGUAUGAUAUUAUUCGAAUUAAAGGUUAUAUUUUUGCUGUGUUUUACACGUGUUCGUUGUUUGUAAAUAAAUAUUUAGAAUCAUGAAAGAAGUUUUGCUAACAAAUUGUGAAAAGAAUUUUGUAAAUAAAUCAGUGGAACAAGGCACGAGAUUAGAUGGCCGAAGUUUAUUAGAAGCAAGAAAUGUUAAAAUUUACUUUGCAUCCAAUUGGGGUAGUUGUAUGGUUCUACUUGGUCAAACUAGAGUUGUAGCACAAGUAACAUGUGAUAUUCAACAACCUAAAACUUCUCGUCCUAAUGAAGGAAUGUUGCAUAUAAAUGUUGAACUUAAUCCAAUGGCUGCACAACAUUUUGAUAGCGGUAGACAAUCUGAGAUUUCAAUAUUGAUCAGCAGACAACUUGAAAAAUGUUAUCAAGAUUCCAAAUGUAUAGAUCUAGAAUCCUUAUGUAUUAUAGCUGAUAAAAAGGUAUGGAAUUUAAGGGUCGAUAUCAAUGUCAUUAAUCAUGAUGGGAACUUAAUUGAUUGUGCUUCUAUUGCAACAUUAGCUGCUCUCUCUCAUUUUCAUAGGCCUGAUGUAACUUCAAAUGGUGAAGAUAUUAUAGUUCAUCCAUUUUCUGAAAAGGAUCCUCUACCUUUAACGUUGUAUCAUUAUCCAGUGUGUGUCUCUUUUAUAACAUUUGAAAGUGGAAGUACAGUUAUGGAUCCAACAUACUUAGAAGAAAGAGUUGGAGUAGCUCAACUUACUCUUGGCAUUAAUUCAUAUAGAGAACUUUGUAGUUUACAUUUUAAUUAUUUGACAAAAACUAUGACUGUAGAAGAUGUGAUAUCAGCUGUUUCUAAUUAUGCAACAAAUUAUGCUGUUCAAUUGGUGCAACAAAUAAAAGAAGCAGUAAAUUAUGAUGUGGAAGCAAGGUAUAAGAAAGAUGAUCGUAACACAAAUCGUUUUAAAGAGUGUAUAAUGACAAAAAAAUUGACUACAAUGAACAGUGAAUGUAUCAGUAUUAAACUACGUAAAUGGAGUGAGAUAGAAAACAUAGAAUCUGAUGUUGAUAUGGAGAAAAAAGAGGAAGAAACUGAAAAUUGCACAAUUAUAAAACCUGGAAUAGGUUCUGCUGAAUUAAUACCAAAUACAAAUAUAUCAUUUGGCGAAGGCGGUCCUAAUACAUGGAAUAUGUCAGAAUCCUCAGAAGAAGAAAUCAGCGACGUUGAAAUUACUACUGUAAUAAAGAAGAAAGAAAAUAAAACUAUAGAAAAUAUAGAAUUGAAUGGAGAUAGUGAAGAAGAAAACAUCGAAAUAUUAGAGACAAAAGAUUUAAUGCAGUAAAUGAAUAAUAAAUUAUAUAAAGGUUUAAUUAUCUUAUUUAUAUAAUAAAGAAAAUAAAUAUGUAUGGAGUAA